GAAAAGCUUCACACACAAAACAAAUGAAUGUUCAAAAUGUCAAUCACAACAAGAACAUAUCAAGCAGUUGCUGUUUCAUUGCUGUUGGGGUCACUGAAUGUGUAUUCCUUUGAAUGUGGAGAUGAUAGCUGCAAAACUGGGUUGUGCAACAGCUCUGGUGCCUGCAUUUGCAACCUCCCAGAUCCUUCCACCAUAUUAAACGGAAAUAGAACUUUCCUCGGGGGUAAGUUUUGUGAUGAAGAAAUGACAAUGUGUGAUGGAACAAACUCCUUCUGGUGUGAGCAUGGGGGAGCUUGUGAGGAAAUUGUUCAAGGAGAGAAGUACUCAUGCAAAUGUCCCCCUGGAUUUGGUGGGGAACAUUGUGAGCAUUCUGGAGCAUCCUGUGGUCAGAGUUUUUGUUUCCAUAAUGCAGAAUGCUUGGCUGAAGCAGGUGAUGUUUGCCAGUGCCCAUCUGAAUGGAGAGGCAGUGCUGAUUGCUCUCUUCUAACCAAACCAACAGAUUUUACCUCAAAUUCAACUGAGACAAAAUUGUCUAAGGUCAGCAGCAGCAGUGACUCCAAUAAGACACUAGGUGUCUUAGCUUUAUCUUCACUGGGAGCAGCUGUUGCUGGUGCCAUUUAUGGAAAGAAAGUAUUCAGCAAGAAAAAGAGAGAGGCAGUUAAGUUCCAACAAUUAUCUGAAAUGCAGGCAAGUGGGAUAUUGGAUGAUGAUGAUGAUGAUGAUGAUGAAGACGAAGAUGAAGAUCACUGUAGGGUACCCCAGAGGAUUCCUGGUGAUAUCUCACACAUUUAGUGGGCACUUCUUUUCCCAGCAUAUAUAAGAACAUUUCGGACUCUUAGCUAGUAGUGUUUAUAUCUUUUAGUUCUCAUAAUUUGCAGUGUAGCGUUUAUUUUGUAAU